ACAACAGCCUUUGACGCGUUCCAGGCACUGCGGUAAAGGUAAUUCUCCAGCUACGUAUUAGUAAAGAACUGCUGGAACGCUUAGGUCACUUCCAAUUUUCAGGAUGAACGGCGCCUUAGUUUGGGCAGUUUCUAUCUUGGCCAUCUGUGGGGCACAGUUCCAAAUCCAGCAGGAAAUUUGUAACGAUAUUUGUCGUGUUGCAAUAGCCGUCAACCAAACCAUCUAUCAGGACUGUCGGAAUGAACUCUGGAAGUACAGGCAGCUUAUCAAUCUUACAAUUACUCCAUGUGACAGAGACCCCUGCGUUUACCAGAAGAAUGCGACGUACGAGAUCUCAUUCUACGCGGUUGCCAAUUAUUCGCAGAAGUUCCAUCCUUGGUGGAAUAAAGGCAUUCCAUACGUAAACGAAGGAAAGUUGAUGGGAGGUAUGUGGCUGGAGCAGCACACUGAGGAUUUACGUGCUUUCGGAGAGACGGUGACGUUUAACUUCACCAACCCCGACGUUGACAUGCCACUCAGGGUCAAGCCAAACGAAACUUUCAAGAUAACCGCCCGAGUGUGCCGCAAGUUUUACCCCUACGACUUCACGCUUAAGAUCUACGUGGGUACCUGGCAGUAUGCUUUCGGCUGUGCCGAGGCGCGCGUCAACGUCACAAGGGAAUGGAAGAAAUGCCUCAACUACGACGACUCCGAGCAACCGACCAGCACCGAGAAACCACGCGGUCGCGCCGAAUUAUAAGCUGCAGAGUCGCAUAUUAUUUGCCUUUGGCCUAUAAUAAAAAAAAAAAAAAAAAACACAAAGGCCGUAUAUGCUAACUUUAA